CCAGUUCCUAAAAUUGCUUCUGAUACUUACCAGAACUUUUCGAUGAACUUUCUAGUACCGAAUUCUUCUAGUGACAGUGGCCGCACUAUAUAACACCCACCCGCAACCCGAAUUCUUCAGAGUUGUUAAUCGACGAUCGAGAGAAAAUGAAGCCAAUCGACAGCUCCAAGGACGCGGUGACGAUCCGGGCGGUGAGCCGGGACGAGGAAGGCAAGAAGAAGGUAGAGAAGCUGGAGCUACGCACUCACAACAUCGACACAAUCAAAUACGUGGAGAAGAAACUAUUGGGCAAGGGCGUGCAGCGAAUGGAGCGACAUCCGGUGGACGGCAAGGGCGGAAUCGGGAGGCCGCCGCCGAAGUCAGGCCACGGAGGGAAGUACACCUGGGAAGGGCCCGAUGAUGAGGUGGAGAACGAGCUGUCACCGGUGCCUCCUGCGAUUGAUGAGCGUGACCCUAACUAUGUGGAUGAAUAAGAGGAAAAGAGGAUUGUGAAAGGAGAGAAGAGUGAGGCGGCAGGGGUGGUGGUUGGUGAGGUUGAGGUUGCCAAGGUUGCUGAAGAGAGAGAGGGAGUGGCUAGGGUUGAGAUUGAUCCUCGCUUCAAGUUCGAUUGAAAUCGGGAAACUUCUUUGGGUUUACUUUGUUUGUUUUCGUAUUUUCCUUUAAUUUGGUUCUUUUUUUUUUUUUGACAUAGCAAAUGCCAGUGUAGAAAAAUGUAGAAA